AUGCUCCUCUCAAAAUCAGCGACGAGGUGGACAGCAAGAACCCUCCCCACCCGACUUACCCUCAACACCGCGCUCCUCCGCUUCUCCUCAUCAACCUCCGACUCCUCCGCAUCCACAGCCACAUCCGCAUCCCCAAUAGCAACCUCCUUCCUCUCACGCUUCCAAUCCCUAGGACCACAAUCACGCACCCAAACCCUCGACGCAAAUCAACUCCGCCUCCUCUCAUUGACACUCAACCGCCCAACCCUCUUCUCCACCUCCCCGCACCUCUCCCAAACAGCACCCAGCACAACAACAACCGCGAUCGAAGACGGAACACCACUUCCGGCAGGCUACCACCUCGCAUACUUCACGCCUGCAUUCCUAGAGAAUGAGCUCGGCGCCGACGGCACAGACACGAGCUAUAACCCGGCGCACCCGUUCACGCGGCGCAUGUGGGCGGGCGGGGAGGUCUCCUGGCCGCGGGACGGUAAGGGACGAGUCAAUCCGUUGAGGGUCGGGCAGAAGGUCACCGAGACGACGAGGGUGCUUAGUGCCGAGGCAAAGGUUGUGCGGAAGACGGGCGAGGAGAUGAUUGUUGUUGGGGUUGAGAAGGAGUUUGCGAAUGAGGGGGGUGUAGCGGUUGUUGAUAGGCGAAAUUGGGUCUUCCGCAAGGCGCUUCCACCGCCGUCGCAAGUAACAAUAGAUACACAGAACCUACCAUCACCAACGCCUCCCUCUUCGCAACCCGCCAGCACAUCAACAACAUCCUCCGCAGACGGCCUCACGCACACGCGCACCCUUCGCCAAACAGCCGUGACACUCUUCCGCUUCAGCGCACUUACCUUCAAUCCCCAUAAAAUCCAUUACUCGCAGCCGUGGUGCCGGCAGGUCGAGGGGCACAAGGACAUCGUUGUGCACGGGCCGUUGAAUCUGAUUGCGAUUCUGGACUUCUGGAGGGACGUUCGAGGUGCUGGCGCGGAUGCGAGCGCGUUCUUGCCAGAGAGAAUUGCCUAUCGUGCUACGAGUCCGUUGUAUGCGGAGGAUGAGUAUCGGAUUGUGCUCAAGCAAGGCGAGAAGGGAAGUGGGGAUGGGGAGAAGAGCGUCGUGGAGAUUCUUACGCCCGAGGGGAAUGUGGGUAUGAAGGCUGAGGUUGUGGCUACAUUGCAUUACAUCCUUGUUGUCGACGAGGCUAUCGCCUAA